AGAUUUGGUUUGAAAAAAGAGUGGCAAGCCCGGUAGGUUGGUGGCCAUUCGAUCCACCGGAGUACACGUGCAUUGGGGACUCCACGGCUCAGGCACACGGGACGCCUCCUCCUCCCAUCCGGGGCCUCGAAAUACCUUCGGUUUCAACGGGCAAUGCGGCGUCUCCGCACAUGCCAUCGGUAGGAUCGGCGUCCCCCAUCACUGCAGUUUCCCUUGAGAGUUCGCCCGCACGUCCAUCCGACGACGCCGCCCAACAUCGGCUUGAGGAAGGGCUUACUACAGCAUCCGAUAUGGACAUAGUCGGCGAGCCACGAUACAUCUUGCUGUGUUUCGAUGUGAGCAAGCUUCGGAUCCAUGGCCGGUUCACGACCGAUUGUCAUCUACACCAAGUCCCAAUCAUGGAGCCAACUUCUGAUCGAGAAGUCUUUGAUUUGUUCCGAACAGAAUACUAUAGCAGGGCCAGUCGGCUUAGCCGUAGCCUAUCUCCGAAGACACUAGCUCAUAUCACGUUUGUGAAGUUCAACGUUUACGAUGGAGAUUACGUCAACAUCAUUCGACCAGCGCUUCCCGAAGAUCAACAACGGUACAUCUUCAAGAAUGGGGAGGCCGGAACACAGCCGUUGAGCGAUACACUCCUCGUUCGCCACUUUCAUUCUCGAAAAAUGGGUCGAACAAGUCAAAUUUUCGAAUACAUACCGAGAAGGCUCCUUUGAAUUGACUCUGCCGGCCAGGGGCCGGACUCAGUGGUUCGGAAUAUGGAUUGCAUUUUGUCGAAGGAUUGAACGUCUUUGGUGUUCUCAUCGUGUUUGUGUUUGGAAUGGUUGCCAGUAU